CACAUUUUUGUGUAGUACAUAUUUUAGUAUUUAUCCCUAAGAAAGAGGGAAGAUAGAGAUAGGAAAAUAGCAAUGGCAUCUAUCAUCAACAAUCCCUUCACUUCUCUCUGCUGCAACACCAACAAAUGUGAACCUAAUAGAAUUUGCUCUUUAAGGUCUCAGCAGUCAUUGGUGUUUGACAACGUCAACAGAAAAGUUGGUUUCCCUUCUGUUGUUUGCAAAGCAGUGUCUGUGCAAACGAAAUCACCUACAGAAAUUGAAGGCCUUAACAUUGCUGAAGAUGUUACACAGCUUAUUGGGAACACACCAAUGGUUUACCUUAACACCAUUGUUAAGGGUUGUGUUGCAAAUAUUGCUGCUAAACUUGAGAUUAUGGAGCCAUGUUGCAGUGUUAAGGACAGGAUAGGGUUCAGUAUGAUAUCUGAUGCUGAGGAGAAGGGACUUAUAUCUCCAGGGAAGACUGUUCUAGUUGAGCCUACGAGUGGAAACACAGGCAUUGGUCUUGCCUUCAUUGCUGCUUCCAGAGGAUAUAAGCUCAUCUUAACGAUGCCUGCCUCAAUGAGUCUUGAAAGAAGGGUUAUUCUAAAAGCUUUUGGAGCUGAACUUGUUUUAACUGACCCAGCCAAAGGGAUGAAAGGAGCUGUUUCAAAGGCUGAAGAAAUAUUGAAUAACACACCAGAUGCCUAUAUCCUUCAACAAUUUGACAAUCCCGCCAACCCCAAGAUACACUAUGAAACAACGGGUCCAGAAAUCUGGGAAGACACAAAAGGCAAAAUCGACAUACUUGUUGCUGGCAUUGGAACUGGCGGAACCAUUUCUGGAACGGGCCGAUACCUUAAAGAGAAAAAUCCAAACAUUAAGAUUAUUGGUGUGGAGCCCACAGAAAGUAACGUUCUAUCAGGGGGCAAGCCUGGUUUUAUUCCAGGAAACUUGGAUCAAGAUGUCAUGGAUGAAGUGAUAGAGAUAUCAAGUGACGAAGCUGUUGAAACUGCAAAGCAAUUAGCCCUACAAGAAGGGUUGUUGGUUGGGAUUUCUUCGGGGGCAGCUGCUCUUGCUGCCAUUCAGGUUGCGAAGAGGCCUGAGAAUGCAGGGAAACUUAUUGCGGUUGUAUUUCCAAGUUUUGGGGAACGGUACCUCUCCUCUAUACUUUUCCAGUCAAUACGAGAGGAAUGCGAGAAAAUGAAGCCAGAAUUGUGAAGAUCUUCCUUUGUCGAGCUAUCUUCUGAUUCCUAAUAAUGUUAUUUGCCUUUUCUAGCUGCCACACUUUUGUUUGUUAUUUAGUUGGCUGCUGGUGUAUACAAUAGAUCAGGUAUUAAGAUGAUUCUCAUAACAAAGCUUAAACAACCUCAUUGAUUUGGUUUGACGGUUUUUUGUUUGUGAAUUGAUCAUGAAAUUUGGGUGAAGUUUCACUGCA